UCAUAUAUCCAUCCAUUAUCUGAAAACGGAAAACCUGUAGACUUGUCCACCCCUUCUUUCUACCGGAACGCCAAUAAAUCCAAGCCCAUGCCCCCAAAGCUCUACUCAUACGAUUCAUCGUCGUUCUCACCCACCAGAGGAGAAAAUUGCAGCAGCACAUAAUUGACUACUGCAUCCAUGGCGUCCACUUCCAUGUCCUUGGUUCUCUUCCUCCUCCUCGCAACCUUCGCCGCCGGUGCCAGCGCCGCCACCUUCACCGUCAAAAACAACUGCAACUACACGGUGUGGCCCGCCGCCAUCCCGGUCGGCGGAGGCACGCAGCUGGACCCAGGACAGACAUGGACUGUCGAUGUGCCUGCAGGCACCACCGGCCGGUUCUGGGGACGCACGGGCUGUUCCUUCAGCGGCGGAAGCGGCCACUGCGACACCGGCGACUGCGCCGGCGCCCUCAACUGCACCGUCUCCGGGCAGCCACCGGCGACGCUGGCCGAGUUCAGCAUCGGCGGCACCGAGGAUUACUACGACAUCUCCGUGAUUGACGGCUACAACCUCGCCAUGGCCUUCUCCUGCAGCACCGGCGUUACUCUGGUGUGCAGGAGCCCGACUUGCCCGCAGGCGUACCCGUUUGCGAGCGAGGAUCCCGAGACCCAUGGAUGCAGCACCAACAGCAACUACCAGCUCACCUUCUGUCCAUGAAGCGGCAGGAGGAUUAUUGUGGUCACGUACGUACACCACAGAUAUGCAUGAAAUAUCUGUGGAAAACGAACGUGUGUUACCGCGUUAUUAGUGUUCUACCCGCCAUGCAUAUAUGUAAGUAGAUAGUACAUAAAAACCUUCUAAAUAAAUCUGAAAAUGUUUUCAGCAAACAAAGGUCAAAGGUGUGUAUUUGCUAAUAAAAGCUAGCUAGCGCCCCAUGAUUGUGCUACACCUGGUUCGUGCGUUCUUGAUUACAAUAUCAAUAACAU